CCGUAUAGAUGCGCCUAUUGGUUGGGGAGAGAAGAGAGGGCGUUCCCAAAGCGGCGGCGUGGGUUCGCUUGUGUGACACAAUUACAACAACUUUGAGCCAGUGGUUGGGGGAAGUUUGUGAUAUAACCAAAUACACCCCGUUUAAAGAAAGCUGCACGAGCAGCGUUCCAUGCAUCACACGGCAUUGAAUGCAUACAAUACUUUAUAUGAAAACAAUGUGAAAGGGGAAUGAUGUGGGUUUCUCGUUUUCCUAGAGGAUUUGCAAUUGCUUCUGCAAAUUAAUCCUGGAAAAGUUGGUUUACUUCGUUUAUUUUCGCUCGUUUUUUUAAAAAAAAAAAAUCGGCGGAGUUCCCCGCUUACUUCACCGUUGCGUUUCCAUGAAAUCGUGCGGAGUGUCGCUCGCCGCCGCCGCCUGCGUUUCUGCUCGGAGUCUCGGCGCUGCUGGUGAUGAGGAAAAGAAAAUGGCGGCGGGAAAAGCGAGUGAACCCGAGGAGGACUUUCCGAGGCUGACAGCGCAGGAGAGAGACAGCCUGGCUGCGAUAGACAGUUCACUGUUUGGAUUUCAGAGGCUUCAUGAAGAUGGCGCCAGAACGAAGGCCUUGCUGCUGAAGGCCAUUCGCUGCUACGAAUCUCUAAUCUUGAAAGCUGAAGGAAAAGUGGAUCCUGAGCUGUUCUGCCAGCUUGGUCACUUCAACCUCCUCCUGGAGGACUACCCAAAAGCAUUAUCCGCAUACCAGAGGUACUACAGUUUACAGUCGGACUACUGGAAGAAUGCUGCCUUUUUAUAUGGCCUCGGUAUGGUUUACUUCCAUUACAACGCAUUUCAGUGGGCGAUUAAAGCCUUCCAGGAGGUGCUUUACAUCGACCCCAGCUUCUGUCGGGCCAAGGAGAUCCACCUGCGACUGGGGAUCAUGUUCAAAGUCAACACAGACUACGAGUCAAGCCUGAAGCAUUUUCAGCUGGCUUUGAUUGACUCGAACCCCUGCACUUUGUCCAAAGCUGAAAUUCAGUUUCACAUUGCUCAUUUAUAUGAAAUACAGAAGAAGUACCGUGCUGCAAAAGAGGCAUAUGAGAACAUCCUGCAGACUGAAGAUCUUCCCUCACAGGUGAAGGCCACCACCCUACAACAGUUAGGCUGGAUGCAUCACACUGUAGACCAGCUUGGAGACAAAGCCAGCAAUGACAGCUACGCCAUCCAGUGUCUGCAGAAGUCUCUGGAGGCAGAUCCCAGCUCGGGGCAGUCGUGGUACUUCCUCGGCAGGUGCUACUCCAGUAUUGGGAAGGUACAGGAUGCUUUCAUUUCCUACAGGCAGUCCAUUGACAAGUCGGAGGCCAGUGCAGACACGUGGUGUUCAAUAGGUGUGCUCUACCAGCAACAGAACCAACCCAUGGAUGCCCUGCAGGCCUAUAUUUGCGCCGUGCAGCUGGACCACAGCCACGCGGCCGCAUGGACUGACCUGGGCACGUUGUACGAGUCCUGCAACCAACCCCAAGACGCCAUCAAAUGCUACAUCAAUGCUACACGCAGCAAGUCGUGCAGCAACGCCGCUGCUCUCACCGCUCGCAUCAAGUACUUGCAGGCUCAGUUGUGUAACCAUCCACAAAGUAGUCUACCGAAUAAAAGUAAAAUGCUUCCUAGUAUUGAGGAGGCGUGGAGCCUACCAAUCCCCGCAGAGCUUACCUCCAGGCAGGGCGCCCCGAACCCGGCCCAGCAGGCCUGCAAACCACACCAGAGCGGUGAGGGGAGCCUGGGCCAGCCGCCGGUGCGGCCACCGUCCCAGCCGGAUGGCCGCUCCAGCCCAACCAAGCGGAAAAGGACGUCAAGCCCAGUGAAGAAUACUCCGGACUCCUGGGCAAACAGUCCAGUACAGCAGCAGGUGCCCAACUGGUACCUGAGUCCACAGAAGCUACAGCUCCUGGAUCACCUGCGGACCAACAGGGCAAACCUGAAGCCCAUUCAGCUGCAGAUGUUGGAGCAGCUGGAAGGCCAAUUUGCCCUUAUGCAGCAGCACCAGCAGCAGAUGAGACAUGGGGCUCCUGCACCGGUGCCACCCGUCAUUCCCAACGGCCCCACGGUCAACCCCUCACUGCCUGCUGACCCACUCUCCGCCCCACCCCCCCACACCACCCUGUUCCGGACCUCUAGCGCUCCCCGGCCCACCUGUCCGGGCCAGCCUCUGUCCAACGGGCCUUCUCCGGCGAGCUCCGCCCCCUGUGGCGCUGCGGGCACUAAUCACGUGGUGGCAGCGGCGAGCAACGGAAACGUGCCUUACCUGGAACCAAACGCACUACCUCACAACUGCACAACCCCGACCAGCAGCGCGAACGAGCCGUGGAUGGACCAACAUGUAAACGCCACUCAGGGGCUUCAGAAAGGUCCAGGUUCACAUGCGGCAGGUCCCAAUGGCGAACAGCCUUUCUCUUCCACUGGGGCUUCCAAACAUUCCCAGGCAGCUGGCGCUGGCGCCCACAAUCAGGUUGGACAUCCCACCAUGCCUAGCAGUUCAUCGCCACAGGGGGCCGCUCUCAAUCACCUCUCCUCCCCCCCUCACACUACUACCUCAGGUGGAAAGCAAGGCAUUACCUUAACCAAAGAGAGCAGGCCCUCAGGGGACAGUGCAGCGCCAGGGCCUGACUGCCACAGGCAUUCUGGGGGAACCUCUAACAGCACUGCCACUGUGGAAGGACCCCCCAACCACGUCCAUCAGGCAGCAGGGGACACUGUUCCCAGCCCCAGUCACUUGGAACCCAGGACACCAGUUGUACUUAGUUCAGACAAUCCUCAGCUCUCCGCCUUGCUGGCCGGGAAAGGUGGUGCCGGCGAGAAGGUCAACAAUGUCCACCCAGCCGUCCACGGCCCCAAGGCCCAGGAGAACUCUGUGGGCUCCUCGCCAUGCUCGGCCAUGUCCGCAGCGAGCCCCUCCCCGAAAUCUGUGGAGCAGACGGCCCCCAACAGCGUGGGCAGCCUAAAGAGCCCCCCUGCGGUUCCAGGGCCUACAGUGAACGGCAGAGGCCUGGAGGACUCUCAGAGCCCCCUGCAAACGGACCUGGCUGCGCUCGGCCCAAAACCCGUCGCUCCACUUGCACCCUCGUCCUCCGUGUCCAUCCACCCCAGUUCCGCGGAUGUGCUCAGGGCAUGCAGAAACCUGGGCAAGAACGGUCUGUCAACCAGUAGCAUCUUGUUGGACAAGUGCCCCCCUCCUCGACCGCCGCCGCCACCCUCCCCCCCUCUGCCAAAGGACAAACUGAACCCUCCCACCCCCAGUAUUUAUCUGGAGAAUAAGAGGGACGCAUUCUUUCCGCCUUUGCACCAGUUCUGCACGAACCCGUCAAACCCAGUGGCAGUGAUCCGCGGCCUGGCGGGGGCGCUCAAACUGGACCUGGGCCUGUUCUCCACUAAGACUCUGGUGGAGGCGAACCCGGACCACCAGGUGGAGGUACGCACGCAGCUCCUGCAGCCCACUGAUGAGAACUGGGACGCCACGGGGACGCGGAAGACGUGGCGGUGUGAGAGCAGCCGCUCGCACACCACCAUUGCCAAGUAUGCGCAGUACCAGGCCUCGUCCUUCCAGGAGUCCCUGCGGGAGGAGAAUGAGAGGAAAGGGCAGAAGGACCAUUCGGACAUGGAGACGGCGUCAGAGAGCUUGGGAAAACGGCGAAAAGGUCCCUUGAAAUACGUCAGAUUUGGGACGAACGUCGACCUGUCCGACGAAAGGAAGUGGAAGCUGCAGCUGCAGGAGCUGAGCAAGCUGCCGGCGUUUGCGCGUGUUGUCUCCGCCGGUAACCUGCUGAGCCAUGUGGGCCACACAAUCCUGGGCAUGAACACUGUGCAGCUUCACAUGAAGGUGCCUGGCAGCAGAACGCCAGGUCACCAGGAAAACAACAACUUCUGUGCGGUGAACAUCAACAUCGGACCAGGGGACUGCGAGUGGUUCGCCGUGCCGGAGCCGUACUGGGGUGUCAUGAACGACUUCUGCGAAAAGAACAACAUCAACUUCCUGAAGGGCUCCUGGUGGCCCAACCUGGAGGACCUGUACGAGGCCAACGUGCCCGUGUACCGCUUCAUCCAGCGCCCGGGGGACCUGGUGUGGAUCAACGCGGGCACCGUGCACUGGGUGCAGGCCAUCGGGUGGUGCAACAACAUCGCUUGGAACGUGGGCCCGCUCACAGCAUAUCAGUACAAGCUGGCUGUGGAGCGCUAUGAGUGGAACAAACUGCAGAAUGUGAAGUCGGCUGUCCCCAUGAUCCACCUGUCGUGGAACAUGGCCAGGAACAUCAAAGUAUCCGACCACAAGCUCUUUGAAAUGAUCAAGUACUGCUUGUUGCGCACCUUGAAGCAGUGUCAGGCCCUGCGGGAGGCCCUUGUCUCUGCGGGGAAGGAGCCCGUGUGGCACAGCCGCAGCCGGGACGAGCCGGCGCACUACUGCAGCAUCUGCGAGGUCGAGGUGUUCAACCUGUUAUCGGUGAUGCGCGAGAGCAGCUCCCAGAAGGCCUGCGUGGUGCACUGCCAGGACUGCGCGCGCAAAGCCAGCGCCGAGCCCAACAGCUUCGUGGUGCUGGAGCAGUACAGAAUGGAGGAUCUGAUGCAGGUCUACGACCAGUUCACACUAGCUCCACCUUUGCCGUCUUCGUCUUGACGUCCGUCGCCUGUCACUUGGUGGACUGCUCGCGAUAACCGCGCGAACCCCGUUUCUGAUAUUCAGGAAGCGACCGUGCCGUGCCGCGCCGGUCUCUGUAGCUACCCCCCCCGCCCCCUAAGGCUGCUGCCCGAAAGCUGUGUGUCUAUGCAACCUGCCCAGUGCGGAGUGUCCACCUGUGGGUCGGGAGGGGCUGCAGGACCCCCACCCGACCCCCUGGGACCGUCAACAGCUGCUUCAGCUGUAAUUAUAUAUAAAAUUAUAAAGUAAAAAAAAAACUUUUGUAUAUAUCGUCAUCGGUGACGACUGGCAACAGUACACAAAGACUACUGAGUGGACCCUCGUCCCGUUUUGUACUCUUGUUUAUGGGCCGAAACCGGACCUCUGCUCAUCAAAGUUCUCACCCCCAAUGAGUACUAGCUUAGCUGGUCUUUUGUAUAGUAGAUAGAAAUUUUAAGUCUCUUUGGGCAACAAAACAAUGAAAAAAAAAUCCCAAAAAAAAAAAAAUUUGUAAUGUGAAGAGUUAGGUGAUAUAAUUUUUUAUGGCUUUUAUGUUUAACGUCUUGUUUUGAAAACAUGUUGAUAAUUCUUUUUUGGUUUAUUAGUUAUAUAAAAUAAGAGGAAAGAAAUAACAGCCAAGUCACAAAGAAAAUGGGUUGCACAUAGACUAAGAAUUAAACAUUAAUCUGUGAUUUUUUUUUUUUUUUUUGUUUCUAAUCUUGAUGUAAAUUUACACUAUUUAUAAAUACAUAUUUAUUGCUUGAUAAUAUUUGUGGAUGGAAUGCUGUUAUUUUUUUUCCCCCAGAGUACCUGCCAUUAAAUUUUAAGGAGUUUUGUCAUUU